AUGGGAGCAGUGACGCUCUUCCGUGAGGUCUACGAGGGUCAGUGGCGCGAGGAUAAGGCUCACGGCCAGGGCAUGUAUCAGCAUGCUGACGGCUCCAAGUACGAGGGCCAGUGGAGAGAUGAUAAGCAGCAUGGAAAGGGCAUCGAAAUUUGGCCGGACGGUGCUAGAUACCAGGGCGACUAUGUAGACGGCAAGAAGAACGGACACGGUAGCUUCAUGUGGGCCGAUGGCUCGAGCUACGAGGGAGGAUUCAGCAACAACGAGAUCAACGGCGAGGGUUUGUACAUUUGGGGGGACCGAAGAAGAUACGAAGGUCAAUGGGUCAACAAUCGCAUGCACGGCCACGGUAUCUUCACCUGGGCCGAUGGGCGAAGAUACGAAGGACAGUACAAAGAUGAUGCCAAGGAUGGCCACGGCCUGUUUUUGUGGCCAGAUGGUCGGAAGUACGAUGGCCAGUGGAGAGAUGGCAAGCAGCAUGGCACUGGCUACUAUGUGACUCUGGCGCAAGAGAAGAAGCAUGGAGUGUGGGAGGAUGGACGUCGCAUGCGCUGGCUGCACGACGAAGCGGCGGGCAACCACAACGCAGUGUGA